CUCCUCCUGGUGGUCAAGGACCUGGCGGGCUCUGCCAGGUCCCACCCAGGCCCAGGGCCCCACAGGCCCGGGGAAGCCGGCAGCCUGUCUCCCUGUCCGUCAAGCGGGGACCUGGAGUGACAGGUGUGCCCGCAGUGGGACAGGAAUGCUGCACCCACAGCCCUAAUGCAGGUGACAUGCUGGCUGCCCCUCACCGUGGGCUCCCGGGUCCUGAGCAGGGACACCAGAGGACUGAGUUAGCCGACCCCUGGUGGGCGGGCCAGGCCCCAGAAUUCAGACGGGACAGCUGCCGCCACACGUGGAAACCGGCCCUUUCCCGCUGGCCAGGCCCCAAACCACAGGAGCCCCAGGGGCUCUUCCUCGCUUCACAAGAACACAGGGGGACCCCGCCUCAUUUUAUGGGUGGGGGUCCUUGCGGAGCCUCCCCUCAAACCACCUGCAUCCAGACGAGGACACAGACUCUGAGGCAGGUGGCAUUCUGGGCGGUCACAGGGGAAGUCCCAGAGAGCCCAGGGGAUCCGGCCUCCCGGAUUUCCGUCCUGUCGGCUUCUUGGGAAUUCCUAGACCGGUCCCCGCAGACUUUCUACAGGGGGAGUCCCAGGGCCCAGUCUGUGAGGCGCGUGGAAAUCUGGACCCCUGGCUCCUCCCGGCACCAGGGUGGGGUGUGGGGGAGCCGCUACCAGCUGCAGGAGCUCCGAGGGCUCGAGCCAGGACCAGCUACCCCCGCUAGGUCUGCCCACGGGACUGCCGGCUGUGCCAGCCCCAGCCCGAGCCUCCCGCCCCAUCCUGACUGCAGGGAGCCUGAUCUCUCCAGAGGAAGCCUGGCUUCGGCCUUUGUUCAACGGGCCUGUGACAGCAGCUGCCUUCUCAAUGCUUCUCUUGUCAUCUGCAUCAGACCUGGGUGCCCCCCGGCCCCCCGUGUGGCGUUCUCCCUGAAGACCGCCCGGCAGGAGGGAAAGGAUUGCCACCUGGGGCUCGGGCUAGGAGGAAGGCUCCGGUGGCACCUUCCAGAGUCAGGAACCCUACCCCGGCUUCUACCUCGUCCUCUAAACCGCAGCGCCUCCCACUAUAGGUGAACGCCUGUUUCCGGCAGGGACCACGCGGACAGAGGAGUGUGUUCCCUCCUCAGAAGACCAGUGUCCCAGUCCUUGGGAGCAAGACGCCCGCUGUCCGGCCGGCCCCGUGCUUCCUCCGUGUCCUUGUUCUCAACCUCAAGCUUCCGACCUAUUAAUUUCCCCCCCUCUGCGAAGCCCCGGUCUCCCCCAGACACAACGAACAAGAGCAAACGUAUCGUCCUCGCCCUCUGACCUGGCCGGUGCUGGGGUGUCCGAGCCGCAGCCCCCGAAGGAGGGAGGUGAGCUGGCGGACGGCGGCCCCGCUGGGAGCCUCCCUUUGUCUCCAGGUCCUUUUCAUCCUUCCUGGGCCCGGGUUCCGCGCGCGCUGGGCCCAGGAAAGGUUAAACCGGUUGGGCAGUCUCUCCCCGCUCAACCCCCAACAGCAUCUAAACUGGGCAACUUGGUGGCAGGAACAAAGCCGGUGUUUGUUGGGUUUCCCUCCUGCCUGGGAGGCUGUUCUCGGACCACGGCAUUCCUGGCUCGGAUGGAGGCAACUCUGGGCCGCUGCUCCGGCAGCCAGAACCACGGCCUUGCCACAGGCCGUGCUGAGGGCACAGCUCGAGGGCUGCAGGUGCGUGGAACUAAAACGAAUUCAAGUUAAGAGAAGCUAGUUCUUGGGGCGCCUGGCUGGCUCAGUCGGGGAACACGCGCUCGAACU